UCCGCCCCCUGGGGCAGGCCGGCCCCGACGGAGUCCGCCGCGCCCCACUCUAGAUGGGACUGAGCACGGCGGCGGCGGAGGCUCCGGGCUCGGGCGGCGGAGGCUGAGCGCGCCCCGCGCGGGGGCGCCGGGCAUGGCCGCGGGCGGGCGGGGGCCGGCCGAGCCGUAGCCGUGGGCCACAGCGCCCUCGCGGGGGGCCGCCGCCAUGGAGCGCCGGUGAUCAUCGCCGCCGCCGCGGAGUCGCCGCCGCGGCCCGCCGGGAAGACAAUGGCCCUGCACAAACUCUGCUCGGUGCUGGAAGUGUUGCUAGUAACAAUCCUUGUAGUGGAAGGGAUUGCCGUUGCACAGAAGACACAAGGUGGGCAAAAUAUUGGAGUGAAUCGCAUUCCUCCUACCCAGUGUGACAACUGGGUACGGACAAGUAAUGGAGGACAUUUUGCUUCACCAAACUACCCUAACAUGUACCCACCAAAUCAAGAGUGCAUCUAUAUCUUAGAAGCUGCUCCACGACAAAGAAUUGAGUUGACCUUUGAUGAACCCUAUUACAUAGAACCCUCAUUUGAAUGUCGGUUUGAUCAUUUGGAGGUUCGAGAUGGACCUUUUGGUUUCUCCCCUCUCAUUAAUCGUUACUGUGGUCUGAAAAGUCCUGCACUAAUUAGAUCAACGGGGAGAUUUAUGUGGAUCAAGUUUACUUCUGAUGAGGAGCUGGAAGGAAAGGGAUUUCAAGCAAAGUACUCAUUUAUACCAGAUCCUGACUUCACUUACCUAGGAGGUAUUUUAAAUCCCAUACCAGACUGCCAAUUUGAGCUCUCUGGAGCUGAUGGAAUAGUACGUUCCAGUCAAGUAGAACAAGAAGGAAAAACAAAACCGGGACAAGCAGUUGACUGCAUAUGGACAAUUAAAGCUACUCCAAAUGCUAAGAUUUAUUUGCGAUUUCUGGACUAUCAAAUGGAGCAUUCAAAUGAAUGCAAAAGAAACUUUGUUGCUGUAUACGAUGGAAGUAGUUCUAUUGAAAACCUGAAGGCAAAGUUUUGCAGCACUGUAGCAAACGAUGUCAUGCUGCAGACUGGGACAGGUGUGGUACGAAUGUGGGCAGAUGAAGGCAGUAGACUAAGCAGAUUCAGAAUGCUGUUCACUUCAUUUGUGGAUCCUCCCUGCUCAGGCAACACUUACUUCUGCCAUAGCAACAUGUGCAUCAAUAAUUCUUUAGUCUGCAAUGGCAUUCAAAACUGUGCAUACCCUUGGGAUGAAAAUCACUGCAGAGAAAAGAAAAAAACUGGAUUGUUCGAACAAAUCACCAAAACUCAUGGAACAAUCAUUGGCAUCACGUCAGGGAUAGUUUUAGUUCUUCUCAUCAUUUCAAUUCUAGUACAAGUAAAGCAACCUCGCAAAAAGGUUAUGGCUUGCAAGACUGCCUUCAAUAAAACUGGUUUCCAAGAAGUAUUUGAUCCUCCACAUUAUGAACUAUUUUCACUAAGGGACAAAGAAAUUUCUGCGGAUUUGGCGGAUUUAUCAGAAGAACUUGAAAACUAUCAGAAAAUGAGACGCCCUUCAACAGCUUCCAGAUGCAUUCAUGACCACCACUGUGGCUCCCAGGCCUCUAAUAUAAAACAAAGCAGGACAAACCUCAGCUCCAUGGAACUUCCCUUUCGCAAUGAUUUUGCGCAGCCUCAGCCAAUGAAAACAUUUAAUAGCACAUUCAAGAAAAGUAGUUACACUUUCAAACAAGCGCACGACUGCCCUGAGCAAGUCAUAGAAGACAGAGUGAUGGAGGAGAUUCCGUGUGAAAUCUAUGUUAGGGGAAGAGAAGAUACAGCACAAGGUUCAUUAUCUAUUGACUUCUAAUUUCCUAGCGAAGGUGGUAUCAGUGUAUAUACAAGAUGCUUGCGUACAAUGACAGUGUAUAUAUUAAAAGUGUACUAUAUGCUGCGUGUGAGAUGCACACACUUUUAGCUUAUUAUACUUCAUUUAGAAAGUCUUCAUAACUAAUUCUUGCUGAAGAAUGGUGGAUUUCCUCCCAUCUUCCCAAGCUACCUAUCUAGUGGAGGAGUCAGACAAAGACUUUGCAUGGAAAUUAUAAGUUAAGGAUAUUGGAAGAAAAAACCAACUACUACUAAUCAUUGAACACUGAAAACAAUGACUACUAUUCUCUUCCUCAUAUCAUUUUCUCUUCUUUAGACGUCUGCUUUUCAAGACAAUUUUAAUACCUCAGUUACAUAAAUAAAAGUAGUUAAGUGCACCAUGUGUAUGUCAACAUAGGUGUCUUAUUGUAUUUGUCAAAUUGAAAGUAGAGUUAGUGUUAAGUGCCAGUUAAGACUCAAGAAUUAUGUUACAGCCAUCUGUUUCAUCUUGCCUACCAUUUAUAUUGCCUUUAAUUAUCAGUUCCUCACUCUAUGCUUUAUGAGAAAUAAGUGAAGAGGAUUACUGCCUUUUAAAAAUAUUGAGUUAUUUUAAUUUUAGUACAUUUGGAAAUAUGUAAUCUUUGCAGCUUUUGGUUAAAACACAAGUAAGUACUCAUGUUAUUCUAGUAGCAGACUCUUACAACAGUUUUCUUUCAAGAAGGUUUAGGAUUUUAAAAUAUUCUGACGUAUAUUAUAGAUCCAUAUGGCUCACUGAUUUCACAGCUCUGUAGUUAGAAAACAAUUUUGUUCCUGUGUUUUCCAAGUAUUUACAUAAAUAGACUGUACUGUACAUUUGUCUCUUAAAAUAGCCUUUUACUCCUUAUUGCAGCCAGUCUUCCCUACUGAAAUCAGUGAUGAUACUUUUAGCUCAUGUCCUUGCCUGAAGAGAACUGCUCAGAGGUCUGUGUGAUUACCAGGUAUAUGAGGAUACUGGAAACAAAAAGAAAUCACAAAGCAACUCUUAUUAACCCUUAUGACACCCUUCUUGUGCCCCUUGUUUCCACUUGCAAAAUUGCACAUUUCAUACCUUUUUUAAUGGUGGUUUGGACCUAAUUUUAAAAUUUUUACAAUAUAAAAAAAAUUUUUAAAAUAUAAUAAUUCUCAUUGUGGUUUUUAAACUUUUUAUAUAGUUUGAUACUGUACAGACUGUUUAUUAAAUCAAAAUCUAGCACCUGUACAGCAGGCUUGUUUCAGUGUCACUGUUAGCAGCUCUGAAUAUCAUGCAGUGGCUGCUGCAUACAUCGUAAUUUGCCAAGAAUACUUAAUACGACUUCCACAUUAGCCUACAUUUUAUUCCCUGGUUUGUUUCGUUUUAUUCUGGUAUUUUGUUUACAGGAAACCUUUCACUAAAGGUGACGUACCAGCUUGCCCUGAGCAUACCCUUUAUUUACAAAUGUAUGUAAAACCAUAGUGCUUGUUGUGCUGACUGUAGUGAAAAAAAAAAAAAAUACGCCCCUAGCAACUGAAAAAUCUUUUCUUUAAAAUAAAAGAUGAACAAUAGCUGUAAUCAUAGAUUUUCAUUAGAAUGACAAAUUCUUUUACAAAUGCUUAGAAUGUAAGAAGUUUGCUGGGGGGGGGUGUGGGAAUUGUGUAUCUUUAACACUUCCCACCUUCAAAAUUAAUCCUGUCUGAUUUCUAGAAAGAACUUAAUCAGAAGCUCAUAGAUCAGACCCCUAAGGCUGUAUCCUGGUGUCAGUUUUUGUGCUGCUCCCAGAAUAUAUUUCAACUCAAAAGAAUGAAAAUGGGCAUUAUUUUUAGAUGCACUUCAUGUAGAAGAUAAGUGUUAAAAAAAUCUAGUUAAUUUUUACUUGAAAAUUUUUGAAUAUUUAAUUAAAACAUUUCUUGACAGAUUUCAUUUACUUCUCAUUGAUUUCAGUAAUAAAUAUCUCACCAUGACCUAUGUGAUACAGAAUGUUAUUUGUGACAGUCUGUUAGCUUCAGAUUCUUUCAACAAGUCAUACAUAGUUUUGCACUGGUCAUUUUUAUCCAUAUAACUUGUAAGUGCUAGGUUUGCAUGAUUAAAUUUUCUUUUUAAGAUAUGUUUGUCCAUGUGAUAAAAAUAAUGUGAUCCCUAUUCUUUCCUAAGUUAUGUUGUCUUUGAACAGUAAACCUGUAAUAAUAAAACAAAUAGCAAGCCUGCAAAGCCCAAGUCUGUGGAAAAAAGGUCAAAAGCUCUACUGAAGAAGUUCCCAAAUGGGCUGUAUAAUAUUUCAGUUGCUGUUGUAACUUUCUGAUUACAUGGUCAGAACACAGCUGCUUUUUGGCCAGAGCAUACAGAUGAGCUCCCAUAACCAGUCACGUCUUCUGUGCGUAACUUUUUCCCAAUUUCCCUGAGCCCAGGUCUGCAAGCUUCACUUUCCCCCCUUCCUUGCUGUCUAAUCUGUUUUUUUGUCUUUAGGAUAAAUAAAGACAAGAUACUCCUGCCUAGUUAACACCUGCUCCCAAUUCCCAAUACCUGUUCCCAAUGCCCAGUACAGAGCAAAAACUCUCCUGGAGGGAGCUUUUCAUUAUUUCCGUAAUAGCAGACCCAACCCGUACUGUGGCAAUAGCUGUACACUUGAACAGAUCUGCAAGAGAAACCCAAAGCAAUAAUGAUUUCUAUAAGCUUCUGUAAGUAGUAAGGGCAGGAAAAUGAAAUAUCAGUGUGUGUUUUAUUAGAAGCAAGGUGACAUUAACAUUGAACCUAAAAAUCUGAAAGGAAAACUUGUGCAUGGUGUGUUUAAAAAAUAACGUCUAUAAAUCUCAUUGUAAUGCUGGGUUCAGUUACUUAGCUGUACUUUAAGAAAUGAGUGGUAACUAUUAGAGCCAUAAUUCCACUUCCAGUAUAAUCAAAUUCCCUCCAUUACAAAGAAAAACUAACCGAGUGGACUGCUAGGUAUCACUCAGCGUGCAGAAAGCUGACAUUUUCAGCAGAAGAAUCUAGUAUUGGUUUUGCAGUCUCAAUCCAGUUGGAGCUGAUGUUGUGGUCUUUAAACUUUUCUUUGGCAUUAUCAAAAAACAUCACCUUUCAUAUUCUUGCAAUAUCUAAGUACUGUUAGCCUGUUUCCAUGUCUCCAUCUUAAAUCCAUAUAUUUCUAGGAGCAUCCUGAUUUUGCACUUAAUUGUACCCAUACCUCUGAUAACCUCUGUUAACACUGAAUGCUCAUAAGCAAAGAUAUGUUCCGUAGACACACAUUGACCAGGAAAAGACCAAGAGCAUUAACUGCUUUUUGGUAUUUAAUAAUUCAUUUUUGCCUUUUAUCAUAGUAGCUUAGACAUCAAACUAUCUAACAUGAAGAAGGAUUUGUUGUAGAUAAAAGUUGUAGACAUAAACCUACAGGCCAACACAAAAAUAAAAGUGACUGAGAACCAUGAUUCUUGAGUUCUGCAUUUACCAAUAUGAUGACAGUGGUAUAGGAAACAGACUUAACGCUGUUGCUGACUGAAAUGUUUCAGCGAUCACAGAAAUACUAAUUUGUACUUAAAAUGCAUGAGAUUCUCUUGUCUGCUAUAGACAAGAUGACCUCAUAGUGCAUGCAGAUUAUAAUGGCAUAUUAUAAGAAUUACUGUCUAUUUUUACUAAACCAAUACAAAGAAAGGUUACAAAAAGAGCUGUCAUUGACUUACAGGAAAAGUUGCUUGUCAUGUGAAAACUUCACAGAACUUAAGGCAUUAAAAUACACUUUGUUUUGUUUUUUACUUGGUACAGAGAAUUCUGUGCAUUAGCAGCAGAUCUGCUAAAUGUGGAAAAAAAGACUUGCCUUAUUUUCAAAUCAAUUUAGUUCUUAAUAUCAAUGAUCAUAACAACAUUUAAGUUUCCAAACUAUUUGAGUAUAAUCCUUUAUCUAAAAAGCUACCAAUAGCAAAAGUAAUAAAAAAAGAUCUUAACACCUAUACCUGAGAAGCCAAGAGUAAAUUAGUGCUUGAAAUGGAACAACUUAAUUCAUAUGGAUAUACUGAAACAUAGCUACAGUUUGAUCCUCUUGUAUGGUCAGUCUCUAUGUAUGUGUUCACAGUAAAACUCAGUCAAAUCUAUUUACUUUAACAUGUCCUUAUUUCAAAAUCGAUGUAUGAGCCCUAUGAUUGCUCAGGUCUGUAGACUGUUUACCAAAACAAGAUUCCUAAUCUAUGUCAGCCUAAAAGAUAAGCUGAUUUUAUAUUCUUUGAGAUCACACUAUUACAACUGAAUAUUAAUUAUAAUGGGAAAAAGAAUUUUAAAAUAAAAAACUUUUGAGUUGA